AUGGCGGAAGCCCUGACAACUCAGGAGCACCAAGCUGUGGAGGAGUUCCUGAGUGAGGUGCGCAACAGGGAGCAGCCUCACUGCGCCGGGCUCGUCUCCCAACCCACAGCUGUUAAAUUUCUUAUGGCCCGCAAGUUUGACGUCUUCCGAGCUGUUGACCUCCUCCAAGCAUACAAGAACACGAGAAUCAAAGAGGGGAUAAUAAAUAUCAACCCUGAAGAGGAGCCUCUCCGUUCUGAGCUGCUCAGUGGCAAAUUCACCGUCCUGCCUGGACGUGAUGCAAAUGGUGCUGCGCUCGCGCUUUUCACAGCUCGCCUCCAUCGGCCGGAUGUGACCACUCACAAAGCUGUGCUGCAGGCCAUCAUUUAUCAGUUGGAUAAAGCCAUAGACAGUGUUCAAACCCAGCGAGACGGACUUUUAUUUAUAUAUGACAUGACCAACUCGAGUUAUGGGAAUUUUGACUAUGAUCUGUGUGUCAAGAUCCUCAAUUUGCUCAAGGGGGCGUUUCCUGCUCGUUUAAAAUGUGUCUUCAUCGUGUCCUCACCUCUAUGGUUUCGAGCACCCUUUACGGUUCUUCGCCUCUUUGUCCGUGAGAAGCUGAGAGAACGGGUGUGCACAGUGAAGGCUCAUGAACUGGCCAGCCACAUCCCAGUCUCCUCCCUCCCUGAGCACCUGGGUGGGACAUCCCAGUACAGCCACAUAGCCUGGAUCCAGUCCUGCAUCAACGCCAACACUGUAGAGGGUGACACAACAGUACAUGACACACAUGAUUGCAUGGGAAGCCUAUUGCGCUCUUACGGCCUUGAGUGCGGGGACUCGAGCACUGUCACGACGCAGACUCAGGACCGUUUGGCUACUCCGCUGGGGUGUGACCUUCCCAUGCCUAACUCUAACUCCAAUGAUGAUAGCAAUGCGAACCCGCACAACCACUGCGUUGUGGAGGAGGGCAGGACUUUGGGUAAUUCUGCUUCCAAUAGACUGCAGGGGAACCACCAACACUGGAAUGGAUCAGCUGGGACUGGAAACAACAUGGCUGUUAGUGGCCUGAGCACCAAUUCUAACACGUAUGGUCGUGGACGACAUGCUCCCCCCCAGUCGGACACACCUCCUGACACGCCACUCUCUCACAAAGGCAAUGAGGACGCAGUGGAUUGCAGGACAGCAGAUUGGGAUCAUGGAUCUCUGAGUGAGCAUAUUAAAGGAACGGAUGAAGAGGGUGAGGAAGAGGAGGGCGUGCCACCAUUGCCCCAGAAAUCUUUGCCUCGGCCACCUCACCAGCCCGCCUCCCAGAGGUCACACUUGCAAUGGGGUGCUGAUGACGAGGACUGCCGCAUGGAGGAAUCUAUUCACAUGCCGGAACAGGGAGGAAUGGCGAUGCAUGAGCUGGUAGAUCAUGUGAAGAGAAAGAAAAAGAAAGGGAUCUAUCAGGAGUAUGAGGAGAUUCGGAAGGAGCCACCAGCGGGGACCUUUGACUACUCCAAGAAACUCUCCAAUCAGCUCAAAAACCGGUACAGUGAUGUUCUAUGUCUGGACCAAUCCAGAGUUCGACUCUGCCAGCUCUGUGACGAUGACGACGACGAGACUUCCGAUUACAUUAAUGCAAGCUUCAUGGAUGGCUACAAGAGAAGAAGGGCUUAUAUUGCUACUCAGGGUCCUCUGCCAAAAACAUUCGGGGACUUUUGGCGCAUGGUGUGGGAGCAGAUGGUACUUAUUAUUGUUAUGACAACACGAGUGGUGGAGCGAGGGCGUGUAAAGUGCGGUCAGUACUGGCCACUGGAAGAAGGCAAAACAGAGCAACAUGGAUGUUUCCUGGUUAGAAACACCCACAUCCAAGUCUUCCAGGACUUCAAACUCUCACAUCUGGAGCUCUAUAAUACCCAAUCUGGGGAGAGACGAGAUGUGUGCCACUACCUCUACGUCAGCUGGCCAGACUUCGGGGUGCCAAAGAGUGCAUCAGCCAUGUUGGACUUUCGCGAGCAUGUACUUCAGAGGCAGAAAGUUGCAGUUCAAAGUCUGGGCUCCAGUUGGAAAGGGCCUCCAGGGGGCCCUCCUGUGGUCGUCCAUUGCAGUGCUGGUAUCGGCCGGACAGGCACCUUCUGCACACUGGACAUCUGCCUGUCGAGGCUGGAGGAUAUCGGCACAGUAGACAUCCAUCAGACAGUACGGCGAAUGCGUACACAGAGGGCUUUCAGCAUCCAGACGUGGGACCAGUACUACUUCUGCUACACCGCGGUCAUCGAAUAUGCCAUGCGCCGCGGGAAGUUGAGCCCAGUGCAGUGGUCUGACUCUGAUAUAGAGACCGACAGCGAGUGA